AUGAAUGAAAGCUUCAAAAAUGAUGGCUCUCUUGAAACACCAAUAGAUUGGAUCCCUGGCAUGAGAAACAUCCGGCUUAAGGACAUCCCAUCCUUUAUUCAGACAACGGAUCCUGAUGACAUCUUGCUCAACUACACGAAAGAUGCAGCAGAAAACAGCUUGAAAGCUUCAGCAAUUAUCUUAAACACUUUCGAUGCACUGGAGCAUGAAGUUGUACAAGCAAUUGAAUCCAUUUUUCCUCAGAUUUACACCACAGGACCGCUUUCAUUGCUUGGCCAGGGCAACACUGAAAGUCCACUGAGUUCAUUUCGGCCAAGCCUGUGGCGAGAAGACACACAGUGUCUCCAAUGGCUUGAUAAACAAGAACCAAACUCGGUCGUCUAUGUGAAUUAUGGGAGUGUAACCCUGAUGUCGGACCAGAACUUAAAAGAGUUUGCAUGGGGGCUUGCAAAUAGCAAGCAACCGUUUCUGUGGAUUGUUCGACCAGAUGUUGUGAUGGGUGAUUCAGCAAUCAUGCCCAAAGAAUUUCUUGAGGAGAUUAAGGAUAGAGGGUUGCUUACCAGUUGGUGCCCACAAGAUCAAGUGCUUUCCCAUCGAUCCGUUGCUGUUUUUCUCACUCACUGUGGAUGGAAUUCAACACUGGAGAGCAUAUGCGAAGGGGUGCCCGUGAUUUGCUGGCCUUUCUUCGCCGAACAGCAAACAAAUUGCAGAUAUGCAUGCACUGAGUGGGGGAUAGGAGUAGAGGUCAGCCAUGAUGUAAAGCGCGACGAAAUUGAAGCACUUGUUAAGGAAAUGUUGGAAGCUGACAAAGGGAAGAACAUGAGGAAACAGGCGUUGGAGUGGAAGAGGAAAGCAGAAGCAGCAAUAGAAGUUGGAGGUUCAUCUUACAAUAAUUUCGACAGAUUCAUCACAGAAGUUCUUCAUAACAGAGCAGCAAAAGAACAAAGUUAAGACAUUAGACUAAUGGUCUUCAAAUUUCUGAUUACCCGAUUUCUAGUCUAUCCUAUCUUACCCGACUCUAUUGUUGGGCUACUCGAAAGAAUCGAGUA